AGAAAAUCAUUCUGAUUGAACGUCACCAAGAAACAGCGUCAAAAUGGCGUCCGAGGGACUUUGGGAGGACAGAGAUGUCCGUUUUGACAUCAAUCCACAACAAAUGAAGAUGCGACCUGGCGAAAAAAUGAUCGAUGCUUUGAAUGCUGUCGAAGAUACAAAAGGCAAUAAUGGAGAUCGAGGCCGAAUAAUUGUCACCAACCUAAGAAUCAUAUGGCAUUCUUUGGCUUUGCCAAGAGUAAACUUGUCUAUUGGUUUCAACUGUGUCAUUAACAUAUCUACAAAGACAGCACAGUCAAAACUUCGUGGGCAAACAGAAGCAUUGUAUGUGUUGACAAAGUGUAACAAUACUAGAUUUGAGUUUAUCUUCACAAAUCUUAUUCCGGGGUCACCUAGACUCUUCACCACUGUCAUAUCAGUCCAUAGAGCCUAUGAAACAUCCAAGCUUUACCGAGAUUUGAAGCUUCGAGGAGCUCUUAUUCACAACAAACAACUGCGACUUCUGCCUCUCGAACAGGUAUACAAUAAAGUUAAUGGUGUCUGGAAUCUCUCCAGUGACCAGGGAAAUCUAGGGACUUUUUUCAUCACCAAUGUUCGACUAGUUUGGCAUGCCAACAUCAAUGAGUCCUUCAAUGUCAGCAUCCCUUACCUUCAGAUGAAAUCUGUAAAAAUUCGUGAUUCCAAGUUUGGACUUGCCCUUGUUGUAGAGAGCUCUCAACAAAGUGGUGGAUAUGUUCUUGGUUUCCGCAUUGACCCAUCAGAAAAGCUUCAUGAUGUUGUGAAAGAAAUCCAGAGUCUGCACAGAGUGUAUAGUUCUUGUCCAAUAUUUGGUGUUGAAUUCGAAUCAGAGGAGAAGAUUGAAGGAGCAGAGGAUCUGGGGGUAGAUUACCAGCAAGACGACGUAGAAAUUGAGGCUGACAGUUCUUCGGAUGCUUAUGCUGCCUACUUUGCCGACGGAAACAAGGACAAGGACAGGGACCCAGUUUACUGUGAGGAACUGGGGCUUGCAAUAGAAAAACUAAGAGAUGGAAUCACUCUGCAGGCUUUGUGGGAUGUUUUAGCCUGAGAUAAAAUAGGUCAAUUGACAGCUUGCAAUUAUGUACAAAAAUAUAUUAAAAUCCUGUGAUUGAGAAUAGAAUUUUUAAUAUGUUAUGUACUGAAGAAUUUCAUUAAUUUAUGACAGUAUAAUAAAGUGCUAACAAAAGUCAAAAUUUUAAAUUGUAAA